AUGCCUUCUCUGUCCUCUUCCUCUCGUCUGCCGCCCCCACCACCACUCUCAGCUGAGACUCUCGACAGUGGAGCUGCUGCUGAGCGACGGCUCCGUGAGGCGGAGGAACGACUGAGAGAUGCAAUUGAGGAGCUUCAGCGACGUCAGCGCUCGGCGCGUGGCCUUCAUCCGCCGUGCGACCAUGCCGAUGAUUCUUGUGUCGCCAAUGCAAUAGGGAACCUCUGUCAGAGCUUCCUCCUCUCUUAUGGCGUCCGCGUGGGCAUCGGAAUCCUUCUCCGCGCCUUCAAGCUAGCUCGGCGGCAGUCCUAUUCUUCCCUGCUUGACCUCAAGCAACUUGUCUCCGAGAAAGAUCUUAUUGUAAGAGAGGAAGCAUGCCGAGUUGGUUUGCUAUUUGGUGGAUUUACUGGUUCCUAUCAUGCUCUUAGGUGUUUAUUGAGGAAAUUGAGAAAGAAAGAGACACCAAUCAAUGUAAUCUUAGCAGGUUCAGUAGCAGGCUUGUCUAUUUUAGCAUUAGAUGAUUCCAGUCGGAGGCGCACCCUUGCAUUGUAUCUUUUGGCCAGGCUUGCACAGUGUGCAUAUAACUCGGCAAAAGCAAAGAACAAAUUUCACCUGUGGGGGAGCCAUUGGAGUCAUGGAGAUUCUUUACUCUUUGCAUUAGCUUGUGCACAGGUUAUGUAUGCUUUUGUGAUGCGUCCUGAGAGCUUGCCGAAAUCAUAUCAAGAUUUCAUUCAGAAAACUGGGCCGGUUGCAGCACCUGUGUACAAAGCUGUCAGGGACUGCUGUAGAGGUUCCCCGGUAGAUGUCACCUCAUUAUCUGCGUACUUAUCCAGGAGGAGGGCUUCCAGCGUUGUAAAGUUGAAUGAAUUUCCUUCCAUCAUUCCCUGUGAUAUAAUUCACCCGGAUUCAAGCUCGUGUUUGGUUCACAAUGCAAAUGUGUUAACAGAUACUUUCAGGAAAACAUUUCCUCUUUAUUUCUCUCUGACUUUUGUCCCAUUUGUCGUUUUGCGCCUUCAGAAGUUCAUGGAUGCUCCAGUUCGCACCUGCUGGCAUGCUGUUACAGGGUCUGUUCGCUCAACAAUCUUCUUAUCUUCUUUUGUCGGAGUUUUCCAGGCUGCCAUCUGUUUGCACAGAAAAGUGGCAUCAAAGGACCACAAGCUUGUGUAUUGGUCUGCAGGCUUGUUAUCUGGCCUUUCUGUUCUGUUAGAGAAAAAAGCCAGACGUGGAGAACUUGCCUUGUAUGUUCUUCCUCGGGCUGGAGAAUCUUUGUGGUAUAUCUUGGUAAACAGGCGUUUGCUGCCUGAUAUCAAGAAUGCUGAGGUAGCUCUUUUUUGUGCUUGUAUGGGUGGAAUAAUGUACUACCUGGAACAUGAACCGGACACCAUGGCUCCAUUCCUUAGGGGUUUGAUUCGUCGUUUCCUUGCUAGCAGAAUUAGCAAUCCGGGUCCUUCAUCAAAUCGAAGUGCAUCUUAUACUUAUUUGCAAACUCUUGACGCGAUCAGUAAACCAAAACUCCAAGAGAAUAAUGAUAAUGGGGCUUCAGCUGCGGAGAAAUACAAUCUCGAGUCAAUACCUGGUCUCUGA